GUUUGGUGACAUUAUUCAUUAUGUCAUCUUCUGCUAUUGAAUUUUUGUCAGUUAGCCGCUGGAAAUGCAACAUGGCAACUCGUGAUCCGAAGGGAUACUCGUAUAGUUACACAUACCAGAACCCCGAAACCCAAACUCUCACCCCGAACCCACCACCAACUCCUAAGUACAGUACACAAACACAUUACUUAGCACAUAACAGGAUCCCACAUCAUCACGAGAUCUGUCUCCCAAUUAAUCAGCCGUUCGCAGAUCCGGGCCUGGCCUCUGGGAAACAGUGCAGUGCGCCUGUGAUACGAGAGCCCGCGUCGCGGGAUGGAUGGUUUCGAUUCCGCGCCUGAAGCACAAAAGAAAAGAGCAAACUCCGGCAAGCUGCCAAGGGCCAUUUUUGUUGUUGUUUGAACACAACUGCUCGACAGGGGUAUCGGAUUUGGGAUUUUGGAUUUUGCGGCCCGCGAGAUCUUACCCCGCUCAAUGCCAAACUUCCGUUGUUGAAACAAAGGUGAAGAACUCGGACUAGUUAGGCUAUGUAAUGAUCAUUAUCUAGGUUAUAUGGUAUUAU